AUGGCCCGGACUGCAAAGAAGGCGGGGCAGUGGAAGGUGAAGGCCAGCGAGGCCAGCGAGGCCAGCGAGGCCGGGGCCGAGGAGGUGUGGCCUGAGUUUGGACGGCCUCAAGGGCCACGCCAGCGCGUCCACGAGGAUCGCUGCACCGGAGUCAUCACCGAAUGGCGGGGCUACAUGGGCUGGAUCGCGCCGCUUUGCAAGAUAAGCCAUGACCAGGCUUCCAGACACUGGGGCCUCAUCUACGUAAGCCAGACUGACGUGGCUGCCCUUCCUGGCGGCGCCCCAUGGAUGCGGGCGGGACGUAUUGUGGACUUUCUGGUUUACUCAGAUGGUGAUGGCUUGGGUGCCGAGGAGGUGCGAGCGCUCUCGCCGCUGAGGGUGACGCUCACCCAUGCCGAGGCCAGGGCCCUGCUCAAGCAGGAGUCGGCUGGCCGCCCGGAGCGGUCUGAGUACCUCGCGGACUCCGAGCAUUACCUGAGCUUGAUGAGCGACCUAGGUGUUCUUGUCAGGAAAUACUCGUGGCCUUUGCCAUUUGUCACCUUAGAGCUUUGGGGGCUGGUCGAGGAUGUGGCGGCCGCAGCCCUGCAGUACUGCAGUUCUGCGGGUGGAGCGGAGCACCGGCGUCUGCAGCUCCUGCUGCCCGAGGAUCGAAUCGCCCAGGUGGAACAUUUGCCCUUCGGGAAUCCGAAGGUCUCUACGCACACAGUGGUGCAAACGUCCGCAUCCCCAGAGAGCACCUGA